AUGCUAGGAAAGCUCCGUUCUUUCCCCGACAGAGUCGCCAGAAUCACCAAAUCUCCUCCCUACUCAUACAUCUCUACUCUCUUCACUCACUCUCAAUCGGAAGAACCAUAUGACCCGCCAUUCUCAGUCAUCUCCAAACCCGCGAAACCACCCAAACCCAAAAAGAAGAAGCAAACCAAGUCUCAGGACAAGAAGACGACCACCACCAUACCCGCCGAGCGGCCCAAGCUGCCGGUGAAAUCCGACCUCCCUUUCGAUUUCAGAUACUCUUACUCCGAGUACAAUCCGGCGGUGGAGCCAAUUGGGUAUCGAGAAAAGAAGAGGUUCUCGCCGUUCGGACCUCGUCGGCUUGACAGGGAAUGGACGGGCACCGCUGCUCCGGCGGAAUCGAAUGUGGAUGAUCAGGAGCGGUACCUGGAGGAGAGGAAUCGGGUGCUGGGUGACCCGCUUACGGCGGCGGAAUUGGAGGAGCUCGUCGAACGGUAUAGGCACAGCGAUUGUUCCCGCCAAAUCAAUCUGGGGAAAGGAGGGGUGACUCAUAAUAUGCUGGAUGAUAUCCACAACCAUUGGAAGCGAGCUGAAGCCGUGAGAAUCAAGUGCUUGGGAGUUCCAACUCUAGACAUGGGCAAUCUCUGCUUCCACCUCGAGGACAAAUCUGGUGGGAAGAUCAUAUACCGCCACAUCAAUGUCCUGCUUUUGUACCGGGGGAGAAACUAUGAUCACAAGAGCCGUCCACUUGUUCCCUUGAUGCUCUGGAAGCCUUAUCCCCCUAUAUACCCGAGACUGGUCAAGAAUGUCGCGGAUGGGCUAACGUUUGAACAAACCAAAGAAAUGAGGAACAGAGGCCUGAAUGCUCAUCCACUGAUGAAGCUGACCAGGAAUGGAGUGUACGCGAAUGUAGCAGAUAGGGUGAGGGAGGCAUUUGCGACGGAAGACGUUGUGAGGCUUGAUUGCACUCAUGUGGGUACCAGUGACUGCAAAAGGAUUGGUGUAAAGCUUAGGGAUUUGGUACCUUGUGUGCCAAUUUUGGUCAAGGAUGAACAGAUUAUACUCUGGAGGGGAACGAUUGAGAAUGAGCAGAGACAUGACUCUCCACCUGUUUUAGCAGAGCCUUCUGAUUGUUGACAUUGAAAGACAGCACUUCUGGUUUCUGACUCAGUGAUCUGCUCCCAUUUCAUGUAACUGAUGAGCCGAAUUACAGCGAUGUAUACGUACGUUUAUCCAAGACAAUUUUUGGAUUGGGAUGCAAAUUUCUAUGUAUACAUUAUAAACAAGGGGCAGUUGUUACUGCGACAUGGUUUUCCCCUUGCAAGGUUGUGAAUUCAGAUAUCUUUGUAGAACAUUCAACAGCACAAUGAGCCAGGGUGUGUUCUUCCGACCAACCUAAGCCAUUCAGCCUACAGCAUGUGGUACAGAUCGGAGUGUUCAUCAAAAUCAGCACACGAAAUAGGCAUAACAAUAUGAGCUUCUGCAACUACGAAAGAAUAUUAAAGAUUUUGAACUCGAUUCACUCUCUUCAUAUGGUAUCUUCCCUCUGGUGUAAAAGGAUGCAAAACCAUCCAUCAAAAGUGGAAUGGUUUCCCUUUUUCAUGGUUUCCUUGUGUCACCAUCCAUGACCUUGAAUUGGCUAAUUGCUCGACCAGCUCACCAAAAGUAUCCCAACGAGUGCUGCAUGUAAUGAGUAACGGC